GUCCAGUAUCUUUCUUUUUAUUCUAUCUUUGAAAAGUUCAUUUCACUCUGUUCUGUCAGUCAUCACUGACACAUGACAUUGUUACCACAGACACAAAUAAUUGUGACUGUGACUCAGCUCUUAGCCUUACAGCUUGUAGUUCAUUUACCACUGACAAGAUGAGGAGUCUGGCCAUUGGGUUCAGCUGUCAACAGGGUCCCCACAAAGAAGCUGGUGGGAAAAGAGAAGAUGUCACUAAGACACCGGCUCUCAAAAUCUGCUGAGACUCCUGAGCAAGAUGAAGCCCAGAAAAAGCUCCUGGACACACACACAAAUGGCCACAUUGCCAUGAAACAGUUGAUAGCUAAGAAGAGGCAGUUGGCAGCAGAGGCGGAGGAGCUGAAGCCACUGUUUCUGAAGGAAAUUGGGUGUCACUUUGAUGACUUUGUGACCAACCUCAUUGAAAAGUCCGCAUCUCUGGACAAUGGUGGGUGUGCGCUCACAACCUUCUCCAUUCUUGAAGAAAUGAAAAACAAUCACAGAGCCAAAGAUUUGAGAGCGCCUCCAGAACAAGGGAAGAUUUUUAUUUUAAGGCGGUCUCUUUUAGACGAGCUGUUUGAAGUGGACCACAUCAGAACAAUUUACCACAUGUUCAUUGCGCUCCUCAUCAUCUUCAUCCUCAGCACGCUCGUUGUGGAUUACAUCGAUGAAGGAAGGCUGGUACUUGAGUUCAAUCUCCUGGCCUAUGCUUUUGGCAAAUUACCUACCGUUAUUUGGACAUGGUGGGCCAUGUUUGUAUCUACACUGUCAAUCCCCUAUUUCCUGUUCCAGCGAUGGGCCCGAGGUUACAGCAAGAGUUCUCACCCACUGAUCUAUUCCCUCGUCCAUGGCUCGCUCUUCUUAGUCUUUCAACUGGGAAUUCUAGGUUUUGUACCAACAUAUGUUGUCUUAGCAUAUACACUGCCACCGGCCUCCCGGUUCAUCCUGAUACUGGAACAGAUUCGUUUGGUAAUGAAGGCUCACUCAUUUGUCAGAGAGAAUGUGCCACGAGUACUAAAUGCAGCCAAGGAGAAAUCAAGCACAGUUCCAGUACCCACAGUCAACCAGUACCUGUACUUCCUGUUUGCUCCUACACUCAUUUACCGUGACAACUACCCAAGGACUCCUACUGUAAGAUGGGGUUAUGUCGCUAUGCAGUUUUUACAGGUGUUUGGUUGCCUGUUUUAUGUGUACUACAUCUUUGAGAGACUCUGCGCCCCACUGUUCCGGAAUAUCAAACAGGAGCCCUUCAGUGCUCGUGUCCUGGUCCUGUGUGUAUUUAACUCCAUCUUGCCAGGUGUGCUGAUGCUGUUUCUUUCCUUCUUUGCCUUUUUGCACUGCUGGCUCAAUGCCUUUGCUGAGAUGUUACGCUUUGGUGACAGGAUGUUUUAUAAGGACUGGUGGAACUCUACAUCAUACUCCAACUACUACAGGACCUGGAAUGUGGUGGUGCACGACUGGCUCUACUACUAUGUUUACAAGGACCUCCUCUGGUUUUUCUCGAAGAGGUUCAAAUCUGCCGCCAUGUUGGCUGUCUUCGCCCUGUCGGCUGUGGUGCAUGAGUACGCCCUCGCUGUCUGCUUGAGCUACUUCUACCCAGUGCUCUUUGUGCUCUUCAUGUUCUUUGGAAUGGCUUUUAACUUCAUUGUCAACGACAGCCGGAAAAGGCCAAUCUGGAACAUUAUGGUUUGGGCUUCUCUGUUCCUGGGCCAUGGAGUCAUUCUGUGCUUUUAUUCUCAAGAGUGGUAUGCCCGUCAGCACUGUCCGCUGAAGAAUCCUACAUUUCUGGAUUAUGUCCGGCCACGGUCCUGGACUUGUCGGUACGUGUUUUAGAAGCCCUGGCUCUGCCUCCUUUCUUGCCACUGAAGAUUGACUAUUCUUCCUGAUUCCGAGCCAGCCGUCUUCAGCAGUUACUGAACACCUAUGCCACGGUGUUUGGAACCCUCUAGCCUUUGCGAUGGCACACCUGGAGUUGGGCUGUGGGAAGUUUUCUUAGUGAGUUUUUCUUUUUGUUUUUGUUUUGCUCCCUUUUGGGGGAGAAAGGAGACCAACAGCUGAGGUAGUGGCAGAUUUUUGCAGGGUUCUCUCAGGUCAAGCCUUGGUAGUUUUUUAUCUGUUUGUUUCCUUAAUUCCAUCCAACCAGAAACUAAACAGAUCUUGGCCAUGAAUCAGCCACGACACUUAGGAUGGCAGCAUGUCAAUAUCUCUGAACGUAGUUUUUCAUGCACACUAUUAGAAGGUAUGCUAGUGUAGUUGGGAAGAAAUAAAUUUUGUUAUUUUUGGUAGAGAAAAAAAACCCUAUUUUCCAAAGAUAAUCUUGUAAUGCAUUCUACUCAUAUCUUUUGUUGAUGAAUCUGUUUUGCUUUGCUUCUGUGCUGAGAAUGGAACCCAGGGUCUUGCUCAGGCCAGCACACUGAACUUACCCCAGCCCUUCCCUUGUAUUUUUUUUUCUGGAAGUUCUGGUCUACUGUUUUGUUUUCCAUUUUCUGUAUAAGUUAUGAUUCUUUUAAACAAUUAGUGUUCUUUCCCUUGAACUCAAUGCUAGUACAAAUUCAAGGGUCAGAAGUAGAAAGGAAAAAAAGACAUUUUCUUUUGAAACUUCAAAAGUCAUUUUAAUGCAGGCUCACUGAGCUGGCCAUAUGCUUUUAAUUAUUCUAUCAUAGAAGUUCUGUGGAAGACUUUAUUGUUGUUGGUUUGAUUUUGUUUUUUAGAGGUGGGGUCUUGCUAUGUAGCCCAGGCUGGUCUUGAAUUUGCUAUGUAGCCUGGCUGGCCUUGAACCCCUGACCUUCUGCUCCUGCCUCCCAAGUGCUAGGAUCACAGAAGACAUCUCCAAUGCCUGGCCAAGAUUUUUUUUAAAAAAAAAACUUUUAGGUUAUAACUUCUUUGAAGUUACUUAGAAGUAUCCUUUGGUACAAUUGCUUUAUUGUCUAAUACAUAGUGACUUUCCUUGUUAUAGACUAGUGACUCCAUAGUGGAAGUAUUAAUCUUUCUCUACUAAUAAUCCUAAAAUGGCUACUAAGGAUCCAGAAGCUGGCUUCUGAAAUGUCUACUCAGUCAUUAUACUUUAACAGUAUAUUUUUAGAUGAAAUAAACUACUGUGUGAUCAUUUGUAAGGGCAUGUACUCAUUAUGUGACAUUUGCAAAUUGUGAGGUGCCCGUUCCUCACCAGGUGUGUCAGAAGGACCCGCUAUGCUUGUGUGCAAGGGUCAGCCUAUGUGUGUGAGGACUGUGCAUCAGACACACACAGAGAAGGGUACCACAGACCAUGUUGUUCAAACCUCCUGCCCAAAGAAAUGAGCCUUACAAGUUGCUCACACACAAAAUUCCAUGGCACAGUCACUUCGGUGGUUUCCUGGCAGCCACCCAUACAGUUUUGGGAAGUCUUUUCAGAGUGGCUUUACAAAUCACUUUGAGUCUCACAAGAAGAUCUGUAGUGCUCUUUUAUGACCACUCUCCGUGAGUCUGUAGGUUCCUUACUGGCUUUAUUUACCACCACUGGAGAUGAGUUGUGGCUGUUUCUGUUCCCAAAGGAUAGUGUCCUGUGUUGUCACAGAGCCAUAGCCCCUCAAUAAGCCUGUGAAUGGAGCCCAUAAAGUUCUAGCUGUGUCUUAAAGAUUAAAACAAGCUGGACACUUUUAUGUGUAAUGGCAUUUUAAAUAUAACAAGGGAACAGACUGGCCUUCAGACAGGCUUCUGAAGCAGGGGAUGGGAUUUCAGGGAGCCCCUUGCUUUGAAGUACUGUGUGCAUUUUCAGGAAAGGGUGUUACUUUGUAGCAGUUCUCCAUUCCAGUUUUUCGCCCUUCCCUCUCACCUCUUUUCUGAGACAAGGUCUUUCUCCCAAACCAAGCUGGUGUGGACCACACUCCUGCCUCAGCCUCCUCAGGUGCCAGAGUUUAUAAGCAUGUGCUGCCACAGAAGGCCUUUCAUUAGGAAUUCUUUUCCUGUCAAGAUUUUAGGUGACAGUAAUGUGUGUAAGACUGCAAACUACUUAGAAUUCAAAGAGCGUCUUAGGAGAACCUCAAAAAUACAAAACCCCAAACUAAGUGGCCACUUCUGUGAAAGAAGAUUGGGUUGGCAGCCAUGACCACAUGCUGGCUGCCUUAGCAGGAGUCUUUUUCAAACCACAUCUGAACUCUUUAAAGAGAAAAUAAAACCAAACCUCUUGCUAAUAACACUGUGUUCCAAGCGGGUUUGUUUAUUGUCCCCUGUUGUGCCAAUGAGAGAAAGCUGCUUUCUGUUAAGAAUACUUAUUUGUCUAUAAAGUAAGGGAUUUAGUGUUUUCUAUGAGAAGUAUUAAUGCUGAUAACUGUGAUUUUAAGUGAUCCAAGAAAACUACUGUGUGUACAGCAUUUCACUUUGCAUUCGGAUGUCUGCUUUGGUCUUUUACUACUUCUGUGCUGGAUCUUUUUAUUCUCAGUCUCAGAUAAGAGGGCGAGGGAGCAAAUUUAGGGUUUUUUUUGUUGAUGGAUGAAUUUAUUAAAAUUACC